CGGCCUCCCGGCUGCAGAGGGCGCGCUGGGAGUGGGAGGUGCCGGCGCUGCCGAGGGCGGAGCGGGGGAGGUGCCGUCCCCGCUGCCGUCGCUGGUGCCGUCGUUGCCGCUGCUGUCGCGCUCCCGGCUCGGUGGCUCCGCCUUCCGCGGCGUCUACGCUCCCGCGGGUCUAAGGAGCAGGAGUGACAUAUCCAAAAAGUGAAUGUUGAGGAUAACAUGUCAAAUGUGUCAGAAGAGAGAAGCAUUCGACAACAGGACAUUAAGAAAGGACUCCAGUUUAUAGAAUCUACUUUGCCCUAUCCAGGGACACAAGAACAGUAUGAGUUAUUUAUACAGGAGCUUGUUAGAAAUCUUUUUAAUGAAGGAAAUGAUGUAUAUCGAGAAGGUGAUUGGAAAGGAUCACUGAGUCACUAUACAGAAGCAAUAAACAUAGCUGAUUAUGCUAAUUCUGAAGAAAUCCAUCUUUCUGAUGAUAUUUUAGAGAAGCUGCAUGUGAACAGGAUAGCAUGUUUUUCAAAUAUGGGGUUACAUGAAAAGGUUCUAGAAGACUGUGAGAUAGCUUUAAGGUUAAAUGAAAACAAUUUCAGAGCUCUCUAUCGGAAAGCAAAAGCUUUGAGUGAAUUGGGAAGGUAUAAGAAAGCUUAUGAUGCUGUAGCAAAAUGUUCUCUUGCUGUGCCCCAGGAUGAAAGUGUGAUUAAGCUUACCCAAGAAUUAGCUCAAAAACUGGGGUUAAAAAUAAGAAAAGCAUAUGUAAGAGCAAAGCCACCCUCUACAAAUUCAGUUUCUAGUGAUGUGUCAACUCAGAACUCUUCUUCAGUAGAAGAUAUUGAGUUAGAUUUAUCAGACCAGAAGCAAGAGAUGGCUUCUGUGGCAUCUUCAACAAACUUUGUUUCUGAAGCGUCUAAAGUACCAUCAGUACCUGUACCAUCUUUAUCUUCUGUUAUGCCUCUUCAAGUGGAAAAAGUUUCCUUGCCUUCUGCAGUGUUGGCAAAUGGAGGGAAUGUUUCUUUCUCUGUUCCAGAAGCAUGUUUAGAUUGUGGAGAUGGAGAUAUAAUUACAGGGGAAGAACUCGAUGAAUUACUUGAUUCUGUGCCUGAUUCAGAUGAAAGUGUAAUGCAAACUACAGGAGCCAGAGGACCCAUUCCUGGUGCAAGUGUAGCUCCUAGUGUACCUUUCUCUGCCUCUUUGUUGGGGACACUGCCAGUUAGCACAGGGUUUGUUCCUUCACCUUCUCUUUCAGAAAUCUUUUCUCAGCCUUUGGCUUCUUCACUGGAAAAUUUUUGUUCACCGUUGAGCACCUAUUCAAUCAGUGACUCAAAAAGAGACCUCUCCAGUUCAGCUUCUAGAGAUGGAGCACCAACACUUAGCAGCAAUAAUUCCCCAUUAUUUGUAAAUGGCCCUAGUAGUUUAUUUGGAUCCGAAAACUACAUGGGAAUUGCAGGACAAGCUAGAAAUGACUUCUCAAAUGUUUUUAGCAGUGCAACUGCUAAUGUAACUGUAUCUUCAGCACUUGUGGGAAGAAACCCAUUAGAAGGCACACAUGAGCUGAGACAGGCCUGCCAGCUGUGUUUUGUCAAAAAAGGUCCGAAAUUACUAGAUUAUGCUUAUCAUCCCAGCCUAGAACAUAAAUGUAAGAAGGAUAUUCUAAUUGGAAGAAUAAAAAACUCAGAAGAUAAAUCAUGGAAAAAAAUACGUCCAAGACCAACAAAGACUCAGUAUGUGGGUCCAUAUUAUAUAUGUAAAGAUGUUGCUGCUGAAGAGGAAUGCAGAUAUCCAGGUCACUGCACAUUUGCAUAUUGCCAAGAGGAAAUAGAUGUGUGGACGCUGGAGCGCAAAGGAGCCUUUAGUCGAGAAGCUCUUUUUGGAGGAAAUGGGAAGAUCAGCCUGACUGUGUCCCGACUUCUUCAAGAUCAUCAUGGGCUAUUUAUGUUUCUUUGUGAGAAAUGUUUUGAUCACAAACCCAGAAUAAUAAGCAAAAGGAACAAGGAUAACUCAUCAUCUUGUUCUCACCCUGCUAUGCAUGACUUUGAAGAUAACAAGUGCCUUGUCCACAUUUUGCGAGAAACUAUGGUGAAAUAUUCCAAAAUUCGACCUUUUCAAGUUCGUUGUCAGCUUGACCUGUGCAGACAUGAGGUGCAUUGCGGCUGCUUACGAGAGGAUAAAUGCUUUUAUGCCCACAGUCUGGUAGAACUUAAAGUCUGGAUAAUGCAAAAGGAAACGUGUAUUUCACAUGAUGCUAUUGUUCAAGAAUCAAAGAAAUACUGGCAGAACAUGGAGGCUAGUGCACAUGGAUCACAGAUUCUUGGGAACCAAAUGAAAUAUGGAUCACUUAAUUUGAAGAUGAAGUUUGUUUGUGGUCAGUGCUGGAGAAAUGGUCAAGUUAAUGAGCCAGACAGAAACAAAAAAUACUGUAGUGCAAAGGCAAGACACCCAUGGACCAAAGACCGGGUGGUGCUAGUGAUGUCUAAUGAACGUAAGAAGUGGAUGGCCAUUCGUCCUCUUCCUGCAAAGAAACAAGUGCCUCUGCAAUUUGAUUUGUGCAAUCAUAUUGCUUCAAGCAAGAAAUGUCAGUAUGAUGGAAACUGCUCAUUUGCUCACAGUCCUGAGGAGAGAGAGAUGUGGACCUAUAUGAAGGAGAACAGCAUUCAAGACUUGGAGCAGUUGUAUGACAUAUGGCUAAAAAGUCAAAAACCAGAAAAAGAUGAUACAGCUGCUCAGGCAAACAAAGAAAAUGGGAAGCAAAUUCACAUGCCAACUGACUAUGCUGAAGUUACAGUGGAUUUUCACUGUUGGAUGUGUGGGAAGAACUGUAACAGUGAAAAGCAAUGGCAGGGUCACAUUUCGUCUGAAAAGCAUAAAGAGAAGGUUUUCCACACUGAGGAUGAUCAGAACUGCUGGCAGUAUCGCUUUCCAACGGGAUAUUUUAGCAUUUGUGAAAGAUAUAUGGCUGGUACUUGCACUGAAGGAAACAACUGUAAAUUUGCCCAUGGAAAUGCUGAACUCCAUGAGUGGGAAGAGCGAAGACAAGUUUUAAGAAUGAAGCUCAACAAAGCAAGAAAAGACCACUUGAUUGCUCCCAGUGAUAAUGACUUUGGAAAAUAUAGUUUUUUGUUUAAAGAUUUAAACUAAUACAGAGAUGAUACAUACAUGUUAUCAGCUGGAAGCAUAAACCAGAAAAUUUGACAGUAAUAAAAAGCAUGUGACAGAAAAGCUGCAGGUUUUCUGCUUUUAUUGGCAUAUAUUGUUCCUCCUGAACAGCAAAAAGUAGUAGAUUUAGGGGGGUUGAGCAGACCUGUCUAUGCUCUUAUGGAACAGAGUGGUGAUUAAAAAAAUCUGAAGUAUUAUGUGCUUACUCACCUUCUGUUGGACAGAAAGUUAGGAAAUAGAAGGGAGGAAAGAGAGGUUAUAAUGUCUAGGAGGCCCCCCUAGUAUCAGUCCUUCAGUUGAAAAACUUUAAGGUAUCAAGGUAUUACAUAACAGAGUGUUAUGGGCCAAGAAGAAAAUGAUGAAUGAAAAUUCUUCAGAUCUUUUAAUGGAGAGGAUUUGUUUAAAACAAAGUUUGCUACUUAUCUAUAUGUAGGUUGCUAAAAAGGAUUUUCUUAUUAAAGAUUUUAAACAAAAUAACCAUUUAACUACAAUAUAUGUUGAAUGGGUAUUUUUUUCUCUAUUUGUAUGUUUCAAUAUAAAUUACUGAAAAAGGAUCUUGGGAGGAAAAAAUGUAUUAAUUUUUGAAAAUGAAGUAGUUAAAAUUAUGUUUCUUGGUCUUUGCUGUUUAAAUGAUGAUUUUGAAAGAUUACACUUGUAUGUCAGUAUUGUGUAUUAUUGUAUGGACUAAUGUUGCCUGUAAUAAAGAGACCUUUACACA